AUGGCUAGCAGCUCGAUCACACCCGAGACGACGACGUCUCGAUGCACGCUGGCAGUGGAGUCGGCGACGCUGAGCUUCGACGUGAACUACCCGCAGAUCGACGGCAUGGGGGCCGGCCAGUUCGUGAGCUCCGGCACGUUCCGCGUCGGCGGGUACGACUGGAGCCUCAGGUUCUACCCGGACGGCGUCUACGCGGACUGCGGCGGCCACGCCUCGUGCUACGCCUGCAGCCCCAACCUCUCCAUCGCGGCGAGGACCAGCUACCUGAUCCAGAUCCUGGAGAAAGACCAGGGCGGCCGAGGGGAACAGGAAGAAGAAGAAGAAGAACAAGAAGAAGAAGAAGAACCGGCAGUGCUGUCCAGCGCCUGCGACGACAAGUCGUCCCCGGAGCAGCUGGGCUGUUCCCCGACCCUGCAGGACGCCUGCUGGGGCAUGGGCUACCCCAAGUUCGUCCCCAAGGCCGAGCUCAAGUCGCUCUCGGAGAAGCCCGGCGGCGGCGGAGUGUUCACGGUCAAGUGCUUGAUCACCGUGGCGAACGAGUCCCCGCCGAUGGAGCUCCCGGGCCACCUGGGCCGGAUGCUCGCGGACGGGGCCGGCGCCGACGUCACGUUCCGCGUGGGCCGCCGGCGGUUCCGCGCGCACGGGUUCGUGCUCGCGGCCCGGUCGCGGGUCUUCGAGGCCCAGCUCUUCGGGCCCAUGGCGGAGAAGGACCUGGGCCGCGUCAAGGUCGUCGGCGUGGAGCCGGCCGUCUUCGAGGCGAUGCUUGGCUACAUCUACACGGACUCGCUGCCGCCAUGGCCGUGCGAAGGCAGCUUGGCGGCGAUGCAGCACUUGCUGGUGGCGGCGGACAGGUACGGGCUGGACGCGCUGAAGCUGAGGUGCGAGGAGGAGCUGUGCGGGAAGAUCGAUCUGGAGAGCGUCACGGGCAUGCUGUGGCUGGCGAACUAGCAUGGCUGCGAGCUGCUCAAGGCCGCGUGCUUGGUGUUCAUGUCGUCGCCGGAUGUGUUGGGUGUCGUCCUGGAGACCGACGGGUUCAAGGAGCACUUCAUGGGAGUUUGCCGGCCGGCGGCCUUGGAAGGGGGAACCUUGGGGACAAGAUCAAAACGUAGGCGUCGAGAAGGAGUUGGCCCGAGCCGGAAAGUCAAGAAGGUCCGCAACAAAUUUCAGAAUUAG